UCCCAGUCGCCACUCUCCACCCCUGGUCUCGGGAUCUCCAGAGUUCCUCCAGUUGCGGAAGACAGCUGUUAUUUUCUCCUGAAAGCUUUUGGCGCAGCCUGCAGGUUGAAGCUUUCAGGCAUCUUUUGGAGAAGUUGUUAGGGUUUGUUUGAGGCUUUCUUUACAUUUUUAUUUGGGCUUUGGAGCCUUGUCUGCCUCCCGGACAGUGAGCUCUUCGUUUGCUGUGAAGGGUUCUUAAAGGAGUUUUUCCUCUCCGGCUUCCGUUUUUCUUGAACCCACUCGGCUUAAUCAUGGUGAUGUUCAAGAAGAUCAAAUCUUUUGAGGUGGUCUUCAACGACCCGGAGAAGGUGUACGGCAGCGGGGAGAAGGUGGCCGGCCGGGUGAUGGUGGAAGUGUGUGAAGUCACCCGGGUCAAAGCCGUCAGGAUCCUGGCUUGCGGCGUCGCCAAGGUCCUGUGGAUGCAAGGGUCUCAGCAGUGCAAACAGACCUUGGACUACUUGCGCUAUGAAGACACGCUGCUCCUAGAAGACCAGCCUACAGCAGGUGAGAAUGAGAUGGUUAUCAUGAGACCUGGAAACAAAUACGAGUACAAGUUUGGCUUCGAGCUUCCUCAAGGGCCUCUGGGAACAUCUUUUAAAGGAAAAUAUGGCUGUGUAGACUACUGGGUGAAGGCUUUUCUCGAUCGCCCCAGCCAGCCAACUCAAGAGGCAAAGAAAAACUUCGAAGUGAUGGAUCUAGUGGACGUCAAUACCCCUGACCUAAUGGCACCAGUGUCGGCCAAAAAGGAGAAGAAAGUUUCCUGCAUGUUCAUUCCUGAUGGACGUGUGUCUGUCUCUGCUCGAAUUGACAGAAAAGGAUUCUGUGAAGGUGACGACAUUUCCAUCCAUGCUGACUUUGAGAACACAUGUUCCCGGAUUGUGGUCCCCAAAGCAGCUAUUGUGGCCCGACACACUUACCUUGCCAAUGGCCAGACCAAAGUGCUCACUCAGAAGCUGUCCUCAGUCAGAGGCAAUCACAUUAUCUCAGGGACUUGUGCAUCGUGGCGUGGCAAGAGUCUCCGGGUGCAGAAGAUCAGGCCAUCAAUCCUGGGCUGCAACAUCCUUAAAGUUGAAUACUCCUUGCUGAUCUACGUUAGUGUCCCUGGCUCCAAGAAAGUCAUCCUCGAUCUGCCCCUCGUGAUUGGCAGCAGGUCAGGUCUGAGCAGCCGGACAUCCAGCAUGGCCAGCCGGACCAGCUCUGAAAUGAGUUGGAUAGACCUAAACAUCCCAGAUACCCCAGAAGCGCCUCCUUGCUAUAUGGAUAUCAUUCCUGAAGAUCACAGGCUAGAGAGCCCCACCACUCCCCUGCUGGAUGACGCGGAUGAUUCUCAGGACAGCCCCAUCUUCAUGUACGCCCCUGAGUUCCAGUUCAUGCCCCCACCCACUUACACUGAGGUGGAUCCCUGUGUCCUUAACAACAACAACAACAACAACAACGUGCAGUGAGCCUGCAGAAAAGCCGCAUCUGUACCAGCUCAUUUCUUUCUGCCUCUCUGCUUGAACCCCAAUGUUUGAGAGACUCAGUCUCUAUAGUGGGGAACAGAUGGGUACACCCCAGCCUCUGACUCCACAAGAUGGGUGGUAAUCAGUAGGCGGGUCUCCGGCUUCAAGUGGUGCCCGCACUGUGGUGCAGGAGUGUUUUGCUGGGUGUCGCUGGCUCACUUCCUCAGGGGUUGGAAAUGAAGAAAUUGCUUGUAUUUUUUGAGUCGGGGUAUUAUUCCUGACCUUCUUGGCAUGGUCUCUCCAAGGUGUUUUGUUUUGGAAGAGAAUUUUAGGUUGUUAAAAAAGGGCAGACCAUGAACUUCUGUGCCAUGGGGGACAGAGCCAAUUUCACAUACUAGGAAAAAAAUCAUGGCCAAAAUUUUGUAAGAGGAGUGUUUGUUUUUUAAAAUCAGUGUUCCCUUUUUAUAUCUUUAUGAAGGAAAAAGACCUUCCACAGCUGAUGAUGCAGCCUGUGAAAUAUGGGGCAGCUGCUCCGAGUUGACUUAACCCUGGGAACGGUAGUGGCUGCGCCCGCUGAUGGCCAUAAAAGCCACUUCACAGCCUGUUGCACUGUGUUCUCUCGUAAGCGUAAUCAGACGGGAGAAUCUGUUAUUUCCGUGUAACUCCUUGGAGUUGAUUCUAAGGUGAUGUUCUUAGCACUUUAGCAUGUCAGUUUUGUUUUAGUCUCGGUUAUAGAUGUAAGCUCCACUAGGCUGUCUCUCAAGGGUUAAACCCUGUGUGACAGGGACUUAGGAGGGUGGGAGGGAGGGUCGGUCUCUAUCCCAGAACUCUGUAGACCAGGCCUGGCCAGCCUCCAAGAUCUGCCUGCCUCUGCCACCCUUUAAUCUGCUGAGAUUAAAGGCCCAGCUUGGUCGUGACUUUUGAGUCUUUCUCCCAAUGCACAGACUUUUGUAAUUCGGACACUGAUCUAUGAAGGGUUGCCACUGACAGGUGGACCCCGGGUGACACUCUACAAUGAGAUGCCCCCACACUGACGGAGGUGCAGUGACAACUGCAGGUUUUCACGGAAGCCCCCAGACCCAAAACCCCUCCAGUGUUAGGAGAAAGCACUGCUUUCACUGUGGCCUUUAGCGCUUGGUCGGAAACUCACUCAGCCUUAGCACUUUUGUUCCUGUCCUGUGUCAGAUCUCCGUGCUCCACCCUGAGCACCACCUAAAACCUGUACAGCCAGAACGUGUGUGAGCCGAUGGAAGUUUCAUUGUUUUGUUGUUUUUGUAUUUUGUGUAUCUUUUUGUAUGAUUAAAAACUAUAUUUUGUACUUAACCAAAUAUAUUUUCACCCCAAUGUGGGGAUAUCCUUUGUAAAAAAAAAAAUAAUAAAGGUUUUUUAAUGGAAAAAAUAAA